CCGAGGGGUACGUGGAUGGGGCGCGCCUCGCCUGCCCCCGCUCUGACUCGUGUCCCUUUCUCGGACGCAGCGGCAGCACCACCAUCACCUUCCUUCGUUGCUGCGCCCCCGGGGUCCGAGAGCCAUGUCGGAGGGAGUGGACCUGAUUGAUAUCUACGCAGAUGAGGAGUUCAACCAGGACCCAGAGUUCAGUAAUGCUGAUCAGAUUGACCUGUAUGAUGACGUACUGGCUGCUAGCUCGCAGCCAUCUGAUGACCGAAGUAGCAGUGCCGAGCCACCGCCUCCUAUCCGACAGGAGCAGUCUCCCAAGCCCAACAGCAAGUCGCCGGCGAUCCUGUACACCUACAGUGGGCUGCGGAAUAAGCGGGCUGCAGUCUACGUGGGCAGCUUCUCCUGGUGGACAACAGACCAACAGCUGAUCCAAAUCAUCCGUUCUGUGGGAGUCUAUGAUGUUGUGGAGCUAAAAUUUGCAGAGAAUCGCGCUAAUGGCCAGUCCAAAGGGUAUGCUGAGGUGGUGGUAGCCUCUGAGAAUUCUGUCCACAAACUGUUGGAGCUUCUGCCAGGCAAGAUUCUCAAUGGGGAGAAGGUGGAUGUGAGGCUGGCCACCAGGCAGAACUUGUCACAGUUUGAGGCGCAGGCUCGGAAACGUGAGUGCGUCCGAGUCCCAAGAGGGGGAGUACCACCACGUGCCCACUCCCGAGAUUCUAGUGAUUCUGCUGAUGGACGGGCCACUCCCACUGAGAACCUUGUGCCCCCGCCCCCCCGUGUGGACAAGCCCCCCAGUGUGCUGCCCUACUUCAGCCGCCCUCCCUCAGCUCUUCCCCUGAUGGGUCUGCCCCCACCCCCUAUCCCACCUCCACCUCCUCUCUCCUCGGGCUUUGGGGUCCCUCCUCCGCCUCCUGGUAUCCAUUACCAGCAUCUCAUGCCCCCACCUCCCCGACUGCCUCCCCACCUGGCUGUGCCUCCUCCUGGGGCCAUUCCACCUGCCCUGCACCUCAACCCCGCCUUCUUCCCCCCACCAAAUGCUGCAGUGGGGCCUCCGCCAGAUGCUUACAUCAAGGCCUCUGCACCCUAUAACCACCAUGGCAGAUCUAAGUGCCACGGGCGGUCAGGGAUGGUGUUGUCUCCGUGCAGCCGAGAGCUGGGCCCCCCGCCCCCGACGGUGUGUGAAGCCGAGUUCGAGGAGAUCAUGAAUAGGAACAGAGCGAUCUCCAGCAGUGCCAUUUCCAAAGCUGUCUCUGGGGCCAGUGCAGGGGAUUAUAGUGACGCUAUUGAGACGCUCCUCACAGCCAUUGCUGUCAUCAAACAAUCCCGGGUCGCCAACGACGAACGUUGCCGUGUGCUCAUCUCCUCCCUUAAGGACUGUCUUCAUGGCAUCGAAGCCAAGUCCUACAGCGUGGGUGCCGGCGGGAGCUCUUCCAGGAAAAGACACCGGUCCCGUGAGCGAUCACCUAGCCGGUCCCGUGAGAGCAGCCGGAGGCACCGGGACCUGCUCCAUAAUGAGGAUAGGCACGAGGAUUAUUUUCAAGAAAGGAAUCGGGAGCAUGAGAGACACCGGGACAGAGAACGGGACCGGCACCACUGAGAAAGGAGUCUGGUUGGAAGUAAAUGUUUUUUUUAAUGGACUUGCAUCUCCUCACCUCGAUCAGGACUAAAGGACGGAGGCCGCUCCACCCCCUCCCCCUCCCCCAAGCCCCCAAUUCCCUCCAGACACCCAGGGAACACCCGCUGCCCCACCAGACCGAAGAGAGCUUGGCAGCCCUCCCUAGCCCUACCCAGGCCCUGGCAUGACCCCUGCUUGCCUAGGGAAAGGGCUGAAAGACUUGGUGGGGUUGGGAGGGGUAAGAGAACAGAAAGGGAAGAAUGUAGAAUGUAUCUGGGGCCCAUGAUCCACAAUGCUUGGGACUCCACAAGAACGGUGCUUUCCUUGUCCAUGGAAACUUGGGAGGUUCUUAUUCUCUAGGAGCAGCUUGAGGUAGAUGGGAAAGCCUCUCCAAAACCCACAGGAAGAGAGUUGAUCCUCUUUGUGGAGAGGAGUGGUACACUGGGAUGCCAGGGCCCUGCUAUGCUAGCACUAGCCUCCCUCCCUCCCAGGGCCCCAAGUGUCCACUUCUCCCUACACACACAUACACACACACACACUGCAGCUGUGCCCUCUCAGGAGGAACCAUAGGAAGAAACAUUAUCUGUGAAAGGCCACGUCUGCCCUAACUUGCUCUGCCUUCCUCUCUUGUUAACGGUUUAUCCUGCUGAAUCUCCCAGGGAAGGCCUGAGGCCUUCAUUGCUCCCAGUGGCCCCUGGAGAAACAAGGGCCCUAUCAAUGUCUCAGUGCACUCAGCCCACCAGGCCUUUCUCUGUUAGGUGACCCGGCAUCCUCUACCUGCUUUGCUUGCUCGCUGCUCAUGAAAUAACAAUAGGCACUCUUCCCCCUGAGCCCUUACCCCCUCCCCCCACCCCGGAGAGGGUUGCUUCCUUGUUUUAGAGGAAGGCACAGCAACUGGGAAUGGAGUACAUCCCCACCUGGGAAGCUGUGCCCCCCGGGGGACAAAGGGGGAGGAGUCACCGUCAAAGAAAGGGUGACCCAGUCACUGACCAUUUCUCAAGGCUUUUCCUCCUCAAAGUUGUAAGCAUGCACCUUACAUCAGGUUGCUAACUGCUGUAGCCUGGUUCUAGACAUUUGAAAUUGUACCCUUGAUGUCUUGCCACCCUUUUGCUGCUGGCAGACUGGCCUCCCUCUUAACCCUCCAGGAAAGUACUUAUCCCAAAGGGACAAGAAGGAAAUAGAGCCUAGCUUGCAUCUGCUAUAUUCUGAGCUCCAUGGACUGCCAUUCUGAUGGCCCAACUCCUCCAGAAGCAGAGCAACGAAUCUGCUGUUCCCAUAGAAUCCCAAUUGUGGUGGGCAGGGCUCUCCACCCCGGCUGGUUGUUCCAUGGGUUGGGGUUACCUACACACCACCUACAGGGCAUCCAGCAUCUAGAGAGAAUAACCUGAGACUCGAGGGGUCUCAGAAGGGCCACCUUUAAGCAGAGGGGAGGCCUUUCACGGCUCUUGGCAAGUUUCUAACAGACUUCGGUCAGGCACUGAGUGAUUUCCCCAGGGUCAGAGGCACAUUCCCUUGGGAUAGAGGGAAGGGGUGGUGGCUUUCUCUCCUGUCUCCCCAACCCCACCCCUACUUCCUCUAAGGAGCCCGGCAUCCCCAGCCGGCGAGUGUUAAGUGACGUACGUACGUGCUUCUCCCAGAGAGCAGCUCCGGGUGUCUUUUUAAAAUGUAGAGAAAACCGAAAUGAGGUGACAGUUGUUUGAGGAAGAAACCAUAAAAUACAGAAAUUCGUUUGCCCGGAGAGAGUUUGUGGUUUUUUUUUUUUUUUUUUUUUUACUUAAUGACACACUUUUUAGUUUUAUUUCCAGAUAGCAAAAGAAAAAUACCCGAGGGAAAAAGAAAGGCAAAGGCCAAGGCCCCCGUCCCCCUGUUGUCGGUGAUUCGAUUUGUUUGUCUCUUUCUGAUAGGUUGGAAAUUGUGUAAUAAACUUGAUGACGCUGUCAAUCUUUUAUACCGCA